CGUGAGGCGGGGCGGGUGCUGUGGCGGGCAGCUACCGCUGCACUUCGGGGGCAGUUGCUUUCUUGUGCUUUGCUGCUCUCCGCCUCAGUAGAUAACGCCACCGUCCCCGGCAGCGCCGGCAGCGAGCGGACACUGCGCACCGCAGCCGCCUUUCUUCUUUCUCUGGGGGCGGAAGAAACGCCCCUGGAGUGCCGGGCCGGUACAGUUGGUGAGGAUCCCGCUCUUUCUUUCCCGCUUCGCGGAGAGGCAGGCGCCGGGCGUGGGGCCAGCCCGCGGCGGUGAAGGGCCAAGCAUGGACGGCGAGGGGCCAGACGCCGCCCGCCCGGAGGCAGAGCUGGAGCGCGGCCGGUACUUGGAGCGCCGGGCCGUGGCCCGCGAGCAGCUGGCGCAAAUAAAGGAGCACAAGCAUCAAGCAGAUCUGGCCAAGCUAGAAGACAAAAGAGAAGGGGAAGAAAUACAGAGAUUGAAUCGACUGUACCAACUGGAAAUUCAGAGAGGAAAAGAAAAGGAACAGGAGCAAAAAGUUGACCGCCAGAGGCUGUAUCACGAGUAUGUAGCUGAGCAGAAAAUAAUUAAAGCUUAUGAGAAACAAAAGGAAGAUGAUGAGGAUGAUCGGAUUAAAGCAUAUAUUAAAGGAAAAGAAACGAUGGCUGAUCUGACAAGAGAAAAAGACACAGAGACAAAGAGACUAAUGCAAGAGCACAAGGACAAAGCUUUUGAACAGCUAACUGCACAGAUGAAUGAGACGUGUAAGAUUGAAGAUGAUCGCCUUGCUAGAGGAGCUGCAGAGGUGGAAAAUGAAUACCAAAUAAAAAACAAAGAGAAAGAUGCAAAAAAAAAGGCUGCCAUUGAAUCUAUUGCUGAACACAGAGCCACUGUGAUGAAGAUGAAAUUGGAAAAGGAGAGGGAGGAAAAAGUAGAGGAUGAGAAGGAUCGUAAUCAGUGGAUGACAGCAGAUAAUGCCUACCUGGAAAUGGAAAAAGCCAAGAAACAAAGGCAACGUGCUGCAAGCAUGGAAGUGCAGAAAAUUCAGAUGCAGCAAAUGGCUGAAAAACAGGCAAAAAGACAGCAGGAAAGGCAAGCAGAUUUGGACUACGAUGCUCAGAGAGAAGCUUCUUUCUGUAAGGAUCGAGCAUUUCGGCGAUAAAGACAAAAGAAUGGAAACUUUUAUUAAAACCUUUUGAUUGCAGAAGAUGGAGCCUUGAGAGGAAGGAUUGACUGCAGCAGAAGCAGUGCUGAAAUCUGCAGAGCUUGAUAAUGCUCCAAAUCCAUGCCUAAGUGCAUAUUUGCACAUACUCACUACCGUGCAAUUGGUGAGUUAAAUGGGUUUUAGUCUCCCUCCACAUCUGCAAGCAGCAAGGUGGAUUGCAGCCUCAUUUCCUACUCAGCUUCAAGAAUCACCUCAUUCUGCAGAUUACGUAUAUCUGCAUUUGAAGUCUACAGCCUGUUUUCAUGGGGUUCAUACCCCUUUUACUUUGAACAUCUACAGAAAUAACAAACUCAAGUACCAGAAACAACUCUUCCUUUCAGUAUACCUAGAGUGAAGUAGGAAUCCUACGUAAUUUUAAAGCACAUUGGCUAAAUAUGGAUUUAGUUACUGAAAUUCAGCAUGAAAAAAUCUAGCAGGAAUCAUCUCACUUUAUUCCACAUGCUUUGUGGUCUUGCUGUAAAUGAGUAACCCUAGAAAAAAAACACCCCUGAAGUAUUUUAAAAACAUGAAGAAAUACUUGACGUUCUAAAACUUUCAGUGACAAAGCAUUUUGUAACAUUUCAUUGUCUUUUACAGUUGUCCUACAUGAAAGGCAAGAAUGGAAAACUACCUGAAGGAAUAAUACAGAAGACUAAAAUUAGUUUGUGUUGAAAUCAGGAAGAAAAGACAGGGACUAGGCCAAGAGAACAGUUUCCUUCUGCAAGUAGAGGCAGAUGAAAGCUAUUGGACAAACUUGAGAAACAAAGCUUGGCUCAUUCAGUCUGGCAAUGACACUAAGCAGCUUACAGUUGCUUGAAGGGUUGUUACAAAUACAGCAGUGCCAAAGUCGUCUUAGAGUCACGUGUUGGAUAUGGCAAAUUGUGACAUGGGACAUCAGGAUAAGGAAUUGGAAAACUUUUUGUUUCACCAGCAUCAGAGUGUGAUGAUGCUGUAUCAAAAUGGCCAGAAGUGGUGGAGUCCCCACCCAUGCAGGCUUUAAAGAUGACCCAUAUCAAACAGGAGGUUGGUCUAGCUGACCACCACAAGGUCCAUUUCAGGUGCCAUUUAAAGAUGGCAACAGUGCACAACGCUCACCUGGAAGAAUCUGCUAUUUGAGAAGUACCUCUAAAUGAAUACCUGGUGUCACUACUUUUAUUAGCUGAAAUUUUAAUUAAAUAGCUGGCAAAUCAGAAUAUGCCUCAAGAAAUAGUUUGACUAGUAAACUGUAAUUACUGGUUUUGCUCAGCAAAACACCCUGUUAGAUGGUGUGUUGCUUCAGGAGGUUGUAGCAGAGGAGAAGUAUAAUAGGUAUUGGCCUUAUUAGGAGGCCAGGACCUUAGAAAUGCAAAAGCAGCCCUCAAAGACUGAAACAGAGACCUUAAGUCAAACUGCUUUUCUUUUUUUUUUAAAUCUGUCACCCAACUCUGAAAGAGCAGCAACUUAAGUUUGAACAUGUGGGCCUCCAGGAUCUAACAUGGGAUUCUCCCAACAGUAACACAACUGGUACCUGCAUGGCUCUGGUAAGACAGUCCUGUCAUCGUGGAUCUAACACAGCUCCUACCUAGGAACUGGAAGAGGGCAGCUUUCUAGAAUGCUUCAUAUCGUAAGGGACGUUAACUCACUGUGCAGCUCUUCACUGUUAGGUAGUAGUGUUCCAGGUUGGUUGGAGUUCUAGCUCUCAGAGUACUAGCUGUGUUCAGGUUCUUUUAACAUUACAGUCUUUGCUACUGCUCAGCUCCGAAGAAGUUUGAAGACACCUACGUGAAAGCAAACUACCCAUGAACAAAAGAGUUGGCACCAUGGGAGUACGAGGGGUGGACAUUUUCAUGUCCCAAUACAGACUGGCUGUAUGCUCCUGAAAAAACAAAUUUCCAAGCUCCUUGGUCACGUUAGGUCAAAUCAUUUCUUCUGCUUCAUUAGCUAAAUUCUUUCAGAUGCCUGUUAUUAACUUGCAUCUUUCUGGCAUCUCUUGAACAAAACAAUGCUAUAACUAGUCUGUAAUGUUCUGUGUUGUGGCAGUGCAUCCUUGUCUCUGCUCUAUCUUCCUUGUUCUGGCAGUGCAUCUUUGAGAGAAGGGAAAUUUCACUGCUUAUAAAUUGUUCUCAAAGAAACCUAAAUAACCCUAACACACAGCCUCCUAGACCCCUCUCUGAAGGUUAGGACUUCAGAGGGAGUUGGAAGUGAAGGCCAGAGGUUUGAGAAGACUUCUUUGGAAUUAAUUCCUUUCUAAUCAAAAUAAGUUGUUCUACAGGCUUUGUUAAACCUGUAAUUCCUUUUAUACUCUUGCACUGCCACCACUAAAAUCUGAGCUGCUUUUUGUUCUGGUGUAUCGUGGCCUCUGGCAUUAAGAACUAGAUAUCUAAGUGGAUACAUAAAUGAUUCAAACCUGCCCUCUAAUCUGUUAAACCCAUCCCUACAAAGCAGUUUUAAAGCACAGUUGCUCACAGUUUUACAUAAACCAGCACCACACUUUCUUUGUGGGUUUCCUCAUCUCAAUAUAUUAUCUAGCACAGAGCAUGAUGCUGUUAGGUGCCAAAAGACUUGAACUGCAGGUCCCAUAAAAUUCAACAUUAUACCUCUGUUAAUGCAAUACUAACGUCCCCCUUCCAGUGUGUAUCACUUUAUCUGAUUCCUUAUGUAAAGGAAAAACAGGCAGAGGUUAGAAAGCAGGAAUGUGUGCUGGAAAAAGGAAGCAGACAGGAUACAAGGCUACUAAGAUGUGGGAAAUACAGAUCCAGCAAUCGGUACAGUGUCAUAGUGGACAAGGAAGAAGCAGGACUGUCUUUGGUCAAGUUUAGAGUUUAGUUAUUAGCAUUACUGCUCUAAAAGUAUAUCUGCUUUAGUUUCAACUACAACCUAUCAGUGUACAUACAAUUAAUUGUACGGUACUUGCCAAUUCUAUAAUAAGACUUAAACUCUAUUUCUUCUUCAGAAAUCUCUAACAAGUACAGAAGUAUAUACUAAGGAAUAAGAAGCUAGCCACUGUCUCCUUACAAGUUCAAUGUGCCUGCAAAACCUGCCAGUGCCUAACAGCUGAAGCUAACUAACUCUGGAGCACAUUACAAGGCGUCCUAUUUGCCACAACCUGCCUGUACUCCAGCACAAGAAACAAGUGCCACAGCUAGUCACACACAGCUUGCAACUGUACCUGUGAUCAUUUUUAUUAUGGAACAAAGCAGCAGAUUCACCUUCUAGGAAGUCAAGAGGUAACAACCAAAGAUAAACUAUCAGUUCAUCUUUACUAUAUUUGAGUAUUGGGCUUCCAAGCUUAAUUCAAACCUUGUUUUGGCUUAAUAAAAUUUCUUACUGAGCAAAUAAUAAAAUUGAGU